AUGAAGACUAGAAUAACGAUUGAAAAGCGUAGGAGUGGGUUAAGUGUGUUUUCGGGGCAGAAAGUGAAGUGUUUAUGCACUGGUGAGCAAUUAAGAAAAGAAGACAAAAUGAUAUCAGAAUCCCUUGCUGCCGAACAUCAUUCACUGAGUGGUUACUCUUCCAAAGUUAGUGAUAGUGAGAAAAAUCCAGAUAUUAGUAAUAUAGAAGAAGUUGAAUUGUCUCUGCGUGAAAGUAGCUCACUGAAUUAUGAGGAAGCUAGAGCAUUGCUGGGAAGAAUUGAAUAUCAGAAAGGAAAUAUAGAAGCUGCAUUACAUGUGUUUGGUGGAAUCGAUAUUGCAGCAAUAACUCCCAAAAUGAAAAUUACACUUUCAAGAAGAGUAGAAAGGCGAAAGAGACGAUCUCAUGACUAUGCUCCUCCACAAAUGUCUAUCCAUGUUGUUAGCCUACUACUAGAAGCAAUAUUUCUCAAAGCAAAAUCAUUACAGCAUCUGCAUAGGUUUAGAGAAGCUGCUCAGACCUGCAAAGUUAUUCUAGAUAUAGUUGAAUCUUCAAUACCACAAGGCUUGCCUGAAAACUUUGGUGCUGACUGUAAAUUGAAUGAGACUCUAAGCGCAGCAGUUGAGCUGCUUCCGGAAUUAUGGAAAUGUAGUGAUUCUCCACGUGAAGCAAUCUCGUCCUACCGACGGGCUCUUUUUUAUCAGUGGAAUCUUGAUGCUGAAACCACUGCAAGGAUUCAGAAACAGUUUGCCAUUUUUCUUCUGUAUUAUGGAGGUGAAGCGGGGCCUCCAGACCUCCGGUCACAGAUGGACACUUCCUUUGUCCCUAGAAAUAACAUAGAGGAAGCUAUACUCUUGUUAAUGAUACUACUCAGAAAAUUUUCUUUGAAAAGAAUUGAAUGGGAUCCAUCAAUACUGGAUCAUCUAUCAUUUGCUCUCUCGUUGUCUGGGGAUUUGAGGGCUUUGGCUAACCAAAUAGAAGAAAUGCUUCCAGGGGUUAUUAGUCGCAAAGAAAGAUACCAUUAUAUAGCUCUAUGUUACUAUGGAGCAGGUGAAGAUUUGGUUGCUUUGAAUCUAUUGCGGAAAUUGUUUAGUGUAGAGGAUCCACAUUGUGUUCCAGCAUUGUUAAUGGCAUCAAGAAUUUGUGGGGAAAAACCUAAUCUUGCAGAACAAGGGAUUAAUUUUGCUCGUAGAGCCCUUGAAAGCCUGGAUGAUAAAUGCAGUGAGUUGGAAGGUACCGGUAACUACUUAUUAGGUGUGGCGCAUACAACAAAUUCGAAGUCAGCAGUAUCAGAUUUUGAGAAGGUUGCCAGACAGUCUGAGGCCCUUCAGGCCUUGAAAAGGGCUGGGAAUAUUACAAGUAUGAAGGACCCUAACAUUCUUUAUCAUCUCAGCCUGCAAAAUGCCGAGCAGAGAAAGUUGGAAGCUGCACUUUAUUACGCAAAGUCAUUGCUAAAACUUGAAGGUGGUUCUAACAUUAAAGGGUGGUUGUUAUUGGUCCGCGUAUUGUCAGCCCAAAAACGUUUUGUGGAUAGUGAAACCAUUCUCGAUGCUGCCUUGGAUCAAACUGGCAAAUGGGACCAAGGAGAACUAUUGCACACCAAAGCUAAGCUUCAAACUGCACAGGGACAUCUCAAGGACGCGGUUGACACAUAUACUCAACUUCUAGGCAUUCUUCAUGUACAGAGUAAAAGCUUCAGUUCUGGGAAGAAGCUUUAUAAGGAUCGUGGAUGCUUUUCUAGAAGUUUUGAACAGGAAAUAUGGCAUGAUCUAGCUUAUCUCUACAUAAGCUUGUCACGAUGGCAAGAUGCCGAGAUUUGUCUUUCAAAAUCCAAGGCCAUCAGUUCUUUCUCUGCUGUUAGAGAUCAUGCCACUGGUGUACUUUAUGAAAGAAAAGGCUUACUAAAAGAAGCUCUCAACGCUUUUUGGAGCGCUUUGGAUAUCGAUCCUGAUCAUGCCCCAAGCUUGAUAUCUGCAGCUGACCUUCUCAUGCAACUCGGGAGCCAAUCCGAUGCAGUUGUAAGAAACUUGCUGAUGAAUGCUCUCCGAGUCGAUAGAAUGAAUCCCUCGGCAUGGUAUAAUCUCGGUCUGCUUCUCAAAGCUGAAAACACUCCAUCUUCGCUGGAAGAAGCAGCCGAAUGUUUUCAGGCUGCUGCCAUUCUUGAAGACUCGGCACCUGCCUGUUGAUUCCUUCA